GCACCUCAUUUCCUGUUCCUUAAACACGGAUCCGUAGUGACAGCAAAAUAACAAUACAUUCUCUCAACUAUCCCUUUCCUCCCCAAAAUGUCUAAACUACAGCAGAUCAAUGUAUUUCUCAACGAAAAAUUAACAGCAGUUCCUUUGGAGAUAUCCGUGUUAGUAAAAAAAACGAUCGCAGAGCACCAGGAAGAAAUCUCCCGUUUGAAACGGGCGAAUGCACGUCUACGAAGACUGCUGGAUUUGGUUUUCAAACCAGAGAUAAAGUUGCAUAGAUUAGCAGACCUCCAGCUGCUCACUCUCACUGAAGAGGAGGUUAACCCCGAGCAGCAGCACCGUGAGCAGGAAUGGAGCGCCAGUCUGGGGCUGCAGGAGUCUGAUGCUGAAGAGUCUAUAUGGAACUCUAUCAACAUAACUGUAGAGAACCGCACAGAAUCUGAUGGCGAGAGCUACAGCGAGUCCGAAUCAACCAGUGACUAUGAGCCCCCCUCUGACAGUGACAACAGUGAAAGUGAUCAUGUACAUAUGGACAAUAGAAUACGAUUGUCAGGGUUAAAGCCUCUUAAAUCAAAGCGAGGAAGAGGACGGCCAAGGAAAGAAACUGGGGCGUUGCCUGAUUUAAAAUGUGAUGUGUGCAUAAAAUGUUUUGCGACAGCAAGUGGUCUGAGAAGGCAUCUGCAAAAUUGGCACAGUGAAGAGAGACCAAUAGGACUGCCAAGGAAAGAAACCAGUGAGUUGUCGGAUCUGAAAUGUAACGUUUGCGGAAAAUGCUUGGCGACGGCACGUAGUCUGAAAAGGCAUCUGCAACUCAGGCACAGCGAAGAGAGACCAUACAUGUGCGACACAUGUGGACAAUGUUUCGCCUUGAACCGCUACCUGAUCCGGCACAUGAAGAUUCACGCUGAUGAGAGACAACAUUGCUGCACCAAAUGUGGCAAACGUUUCUUUCACAAGGAAAGUCUGAAAAAUCAUAUGGUUAAUAUUCACACAGGGCUGGUUUUUAAAUGUGAUUUGUGUGGAAAAUGCUUGUCAACAAAAGGUCGUCUGAAACUGCAUCGGCAAAAUCACACUGGGGAGAAAUCCCAUCCUUGCAAAGAAUGUGACAAAGCCUUCGACUGCGAGUCUGGCUUGAUAAAGCAUAUGAGGACUCACACUGGGGAGAAACCAUUUCAGUGUAAAGAAUGUGGCAAAUGCUUCGGCGAGAAGGGAAGCCUGACAAAGCAUAUGAUGACUCACACACAGGAGAAACCACAUCGCUGCAACGAAUGUGGCAGAUGCUUCAAUCUAAAGGGAAACCUGACCGUGCAUAUGAGGACUCAUACGGGGGAGGGAGUUCAAUGCCAUUUGUGUGGAACUUACUUGAAGUUAGCAUCAAGUCUGAAGAGACAUCUGCGGACUCACAGAAGAAAUAUUCACAAAGACUAAGAACACGUAACAAUGCACUUUGUGUUAAAUGGAAGGUAGAGGAUGUAUCAAGAGGACAGCUCUCUGAUCACUGCUCUUGGUUAAGGGCACAGUCUGCCAUUUGGAAAUCUGUUCAAUGGUCAUUUUAAGAGACGUUACACUUUCAAGUUCAAGUUUGUCAGAUGGUACGGAGUUAGGUCAGUCCGUGCCUGCGUUCUGACUUGUCAUAUUAAAACAUUGAAACGGUUUAGGCCUAUUGGCUUAUGAAAUGAAUUUAUUAAAUGUUAUGUGUGUUGUGAGGAGAAACGCAUGUUAGUUUGUUGUCAGACGCCGACAUUCAAUUGGUUUUGGGCACGCCAAAAAUGUGCUUGAAGCUCUGCUAAUUUACGUUGUCUAAUCAUGCUUUUGCUUAUUCAUUUUACCAUUCAAAUGCACAUGUUUUGGUUAUGUUAAAAGUAGAAAUUGAUUGCAAACUUACCUGGUAAGGGUCAUUUGAAAGGAGAAUCGUUUGUUCCGCUCUGUCAUGCUCCCCAGCCUGGUCUCAUAGACUAGACGUAGCAUAGUAAACGUAACUCCUAGCCCAGCAAGCCAGCUAGCUAACAUUAGCUGCCUAGCUAAAGUUAGCCACACAAAAUUGGAAUUUGUAACACAUACAUUUUGCA